AGUAAGUAUGCUGCCCCACCAUAACCAAACAUUAAAUAAACGGUGUAAAAAUAUUUAAAACUUUUUCUACCUUAAAUUUGAAACAUUGAACUGUGUUUAACGUCGAAGUGUCAUCAGUUAUUUGCUCUUAACACAUUUGCUAAUUGUAAUUAGCCGCGCUGUUCGGCGGUUCAAAUCUCAACAUGUUUUAACAUAACUACUCUGAGUCAGACUGAAUGUUUAUUUUGUAUGUGUACUUUUACGCUAAAAAACCUAACUUGAAAUUACAGAGGUGGGGGUGUUCUGUGCAAAACUAAUUUAAUGUGAUGCAACUCCACUGUGCUAAGCACUGUUAGCUGCAGCCGGUGAAGCCAUUUUUUCCAGUUUUCUCAUGCUGCUUACUGGCGACAUAAUAUAAAACGCAUAAUAUCCUGACAGCGCUAAGAAUCCAUCAGGUGUCAUUUCUCUUAAAAAAGCAAAUUGUGUCUGUAGGAACAUUGCGCGGUGUUCUAGCUAGCCGUUGAUCCCCAGGCACUGGGCCGGGCUUAGACGCCCUCGGGCUGGGCUGAGGAUUUCACAGCUUCACUUUCGGAGCUCUGCAUUUAGUAGCCUGCCCCACAGACUCCGCCCCGGCUAGAUCGCUUCUUGCCCUGUAUUAUUUCUCUGCAAUUUGCAAUCUACCACAGCGCACGGACAGUUCACAAUGUGCAUGUUUGAUCUCCCUAUGGUCGUCCGCCCCUUGAUUUCACCGGCUACAGAAAUCGAAAUGACAACCGGCAUGAACGCGAGGAAAAGAAAGAAGAAAAAUUAAGAUCAAAUGAAAAUUUCAGGCAUUAGCAUUUCUGGCUAGAACCCUGUUGUAUUAACUUCUUUUACCCACUUCUCUUUCCAGGCCUAGAACCAAGAAUCAUCAAACCACAUAAGAUUGUCAUGGCAAGUUCAAAACCUGCAAGACUGAAGGUGAUUCUAGGAGAGAGCAACACUGAAAAACUGACUCUUCCAGAUGGCAUACCAGACUCUCUGGAUGAGCUUCUCAGCAAGGUGAAGGAUACCUUUGGUUUAAAGACCAAUGUCAGAUUGCAAUAUAUGGACAAAGACUUUGGUAAUGACUUCUUCAACCUCAGCUCAACUUCUGACCUGGAGGACUUGGGAACAGUCAAGGUGAUUCAAGAAAAAGCCAUUCAAACUUUUGUUGAUGUCAUUGAAACAGCUCCAUCUUGUUCUACAGUUCACUCUGACGACAGCAGUUCUUUAGCCUCAAAUGACACUAUAAUCCUCUCCUCCCCUGAAUCCUUGUCAUCGCGAACACAACAAUGGCCAGCCAACUUUCCCAUUCCCAUAUUUUCAUAUGACACUGAACGUCAGCUAGAGAAGGGGAAUUCUGAGUAUCAAGCAAACAACAAAAUGUUGACAGUCACCUCCCGAAUGAAGACUGACAUCCUAAAUAGAUUAGUAGAAGAGAUCUACAGAUACAGAGCCUACCCAGAGGAUGCACAGUUCUGUGUAGUUGCAGAGGCCUUGGUUAAAAAACAUCCGUGUUUAAAAGAGCCCGGUUCAUUCAAUGGUUGCUACGGUUGGAAGCAAAGGCUGAAGUACAAAAUGGGAAACUACAGGACUCUACUCAAAUCACAAGGAUGUCCAGAGUUGUCUGUAAACUCUCUUAAAUCCAAAGCUAGUAUUUCUGUUUCUCCUGCUGCAAAAAUAAAGAAGCCAAGACGAGCUGAAGCCAACUUUUAUCCAUCCUUUCCAUUGGGAGAAACACAAGAAAGCAUGGAAAAAGAGAGAAUUGAACUCUUGGCAGCACUCAAAAGGAGGAACAAUGACAGGGUCAUUGCGGAGAAAAUGGCUCGUACCUUUGCCUACAGGCGUCAGGAGGUGGUGAAUGAAGAACCUGGUAUAGAGGAUUUCAAGGACAGAUGGCCUGCUCUGUUCCAACAGAAAGAGAUUAAUGCGGAGUUCCAGAGGCUCAUGGCUCUUCCCCUUGAGCAGACGUUCUUGGCCCAGUUGGACAGGCACUCAAGUCAGCUGAUUAAAGUCAUCCAGGCCAAAGGAGGAGCAACACGUGCAAAAAUGGCUGGCAUCAUGAGAACUUAUGAUGAGGUUGAAGACAUUGGGAUUCGAAGGGAAUGUGUUCUGAAAGGGCUCGUCACCUUUCUUGGAGAGGAUGCAAAAGACCUUAUUAAGGAAUACUGUGGCAGCAGCGGAGAUGAUGCCCAGAUGGAACUCAAACAACUCACCAUGGCAGUGUUUGUGAUUCGGAAGGAGGGAGAGGGAUUGAAAGAACCCCCAGAAGACAUUGGCAUCGUCAUUGAGGGAGUGGAGGUGUUGCAUAACCUGACUUCAGUUGCCUCAGCAUGUGCCCUGCUUCUGGGUUUGAUAUAUUCCCUUAACUUGGCUUAUCCAAAGGCUCUGCGCUUCACAUUUGAAGUGUUCCAAAAAAUCUUCAUGCAGCUUGAGCAGCACAAGAUGUCUCCCAAAGUUCAAAAUUUGUUUGGAAGACUUCAGACCUCACAGUAAAGACACUGGCAUGUUGUGCAACAGGACAGAAGAUCUUCAGUCUUCUUUGUUUGGACAGAAGAACGCCAUGUUUUGGAAGCUUAACACCUCAAGGAACUGCACUUUGUGAACUUCUUUUGGGACAUUGUUCAUAUUAAAGCCACAAGUAAUACAGAGUUUACUGGAUAACAAUUGACUGGUAUUUCUGGAGGAUGUUUACUGAUGAGGUUGUGAUGAACAUUGUCAUUUUGGGAGUAGGUCUUUUUUGUUUUUGACAUUUCAUAAAGUUACAUGGUUCAUCUCUUUGGUUUUGUGUGGGGGAAAAAAUACACAAGUUAAGGGGGAAAAAUUAAAGUAGGAAAGUAGUAGGCUGCUGCAGUUUGUGGACAUUUUCACAGAAUUUUCUUUUUGCAUUUUUUUUAAAAAUUUGAAUCAACAGAUUUGUUCAGUGUUUUUUGAAGGAGGUUGAAUGGAUCUAGAUCAUAAUGUUUACUAUUCUGUUCUUUUCUGGUGUCAGUUAAAUUAACGGACUUGGUUUAAACUAGGCAGCUAUUACACCACAUCUUUGUUUGAAAACUUGCCUAAAUAUUUUUUGGGUAUUGCUCUUGUUUUCAGUGUAAAAAUAGUCACUAGUGUCAUUAUAUUUUAUGUCAAAAACAUGUUCUCAGCAAAUGUUACGGUUUAAGAGUGUGGAUUUUCUUUUUUAGGAGGACUUGUGUUAAAUCUAAAAAAGCAAAAUUUUUUCCUGAGGAAUACUUGUGUAUUCUACAACCUCACACAGGGGUGUCCAAGUCUUGUCCAGGAGAGCUACCAUUGUGCAACUUUCAGAUGGACCCUAUUUCAAUACCACCUGAAGCUAAUUUCUGAAUUUACACAACAGCAGACAUUCAGCUCAGCAGAGGCGUUGUAAUGAGCAGUUCAUUUGAUUCAGAUGUAUUGGAGAUGGGAUGCAUCUGAAAGUUGCAAGAUGAUGGCUCUCCAGAACUGGACUUGGGCACCUCUGAUCUAGCAGGUCGCUGAAAUGUAAUAUCCCUUAUGAAGUUUCAAAAGAUUUGUGUAGCAUGUUUAAUGCAUAAUAUUUUGUGAAAAACCUGUAAGUUUGUGAUGUUUUCACAAUAAAAUUUAAAAUGUUC